CUCAGACUCAGUCGCACGGAAGGCUCCCGUCCUGUCACUGAGCGUGCCGACUCUACUCGACGAAGUUGAAACACUUCCUGCCGUCCCACCCAAUGCCACAGGACGUAUCAUCUCCGACAUUUAUCGCAUGCACUUCACUGUUCUGCUGUACGACUGCGGUAAUGUCCAUCCGGAGCUACGCCACGCCCAGUCUGCAACGUGAUGACCGUGCUGCUCGGUCGUAGAACUUUGUGGUACCGCCUUUAUCGGGCUUGGGUCGGUCCGAGAUUGCCUGCUGCUUACUACCGUUCUGGAAAUCCCGAACGAUAUAUAUACCACAUCAGAAGAAUCAAAUGAGAAGGUGCGCAGCUGACAACAUCGUCGAAACGUUCCGGUCAUCCAAGUUGCAUCGAGAUCUUGGUUUUUCUUGUAACAAUCGCGCACUUAACGUAUCGCCAAUGGAAAAUUGUCCUGCUGAGAUUUGGUCUCGGAUAUUCUUCUUGGCUUGUGCCGACGGCGGUCAUACUGGGCGCUCGCUCUCGCACGUCUCGAGAUAUUUUCGCCAGACAUCACAACUCGCCCAAUUACAUAGCAUUGCCAUCUCUGGGGUGGGCCAGCUGUACGAGUUCACCGAGAUGUUAUCCAGGAGGCCGUCCGAACUCUGCAUGAUACGGCAUCUAUUUGUUUCCAGUCAGGACAUCCCGAGAAAGAGACCCUACGCUUAUCCGGAGAUACUUGCCUCACUUCCACAAGAGGAGCUUUCGAAACACCUCAUCUAUCAUCUGUACCGCCCGGGCGACGAGGACCUUAUCCAACAGCUGCUCAAGCGUGCCGGACACCGCCGGUCGUGGAACAAGGUCAGCAUCCUCGCCGAACGCCGGGCGGCCUUCAGGAUCGUGCUGCUGCGUCUGCUGCGGAUAGUCGCGCCCACCCUGCAGACCCUCACACUCUACCUCGACACCUCCCACCAGCUCGUCCUCCAGGAUGUGCAGUUCCCCUCACUAGUUGAGCUCACGCUGCACAGCAAGUUCCCCAUCGCCACUGUCUUUGGUGGCCCUUCACGCUCUGUCCAGCCCAUGCCGAAGCUCACGCGUCUGCAUGUGGCUGGCGACCCUGACUGCUUCGAGGUGUUCCUCGGAAGCGUGCCUGCCCUCACCCACCUGCGCCUGACCGGUGUCUCCUACCUAGCAUCUCGCAUCCAGAGCGCGGUCUGUGCUGCGAUCAAUGCGUUUUCAGCCGACUCCAUACACGAGCAGAGUCCCGGUCAGGCCUCCUCAGAUUCUGCAAUCCAGCGACAAUCCGGAUCCGAGCUACCCCCUCUCAGUUGUGUCAUGAUUCAUCCCUGCAGCGCCUUACGCGGCUGGCAAGUGCAGAACAACGUAGUCUGCACGCUCCAGUCCAUGACAAAGCGCAACGACAAACUCGUUUUACUGGGGAUCGCUGAGUUCGAUGCCCCAUCUCAUUACGACAUCGCGCAAGCAAAGCAACAUUGGCUGGAGAGGGUCGUGGGAGAUGAAGGAUGCUGGAGCACUACGAUCACGCCGAAGAAUGCUAGCGGCGAGCGGUGGAAGUUCGAGUAUCGCCACUGGGUCGCAUAGAUGACAAAAUUACUACUGCGAUGCCUGGUCAGUCAUGAUACGAGCAUUGUUGUCUGCACCGGCUGCUGUACCCUGCAGGCUGUCUUCAACAUCGAUGGCGUGCAUUGUUCAUAGCUCAACAUGGUGCCGUAUAUCUCGAUAUCGUACAAUACGUUGCCUAGAUGUUGGAAGAUUGUGGUACAUAUCCUCGUGAUAACCUUUAUCAUUUUCAGAGAAGAUGAGGCGCUUGAUCCUUCGUCGAUUGCGAGGAGAAAUUGUUACAUAACCUGCUACAAUAUACAAUGAACUCAGGUUGGGUUCACCCAGAGCUAU